GGAAAGCAGACCACCUGUGCACCAACAACACUACUUCCUCUUUCUUCAUAAACAGAGAGUCAGAAUGUGGAGUUUCCCCUGAUAAAGGAACAAGUUCAUUUCAUUCUGCACAGAGCAGACAGUGAAAUCAGCCACUGAGCUGCAGAACAAAGUGCACACGUGUGACAGCUGUGAGAACAUUUCAUCAUUCUAUAAGUUCAGGAUGGCAGCUGGAGCCCACAAACACUUCUUGCUCUGUGUCGUGUUGGUGUCAUCCGUCGCUCUGACCUCACCUCUCCAAACCCUGGACUCGAACCAGGAGCUGCAGAAGAGUGGCUUUGGCACGCCGCCGCCUCGCCACGGCCUCAAGUUAUUGGUGUGGUACGUUCGGAAUUGCGUGGAUAACAACAUGGUGGCUCUGUGUGACCCCACAACAGGACAGUUUGGAUUUCACGUGUUUCGGAACCUGGGGCCUCUGCUUCCAAAAAUAAAGGACAAAAAACAGUACACGUACUACACGGUUGGAAACCUUCACGCUCCUCAUGCUGACCAGCUGCCAUAUGAAGUCAAGAAGUAUUACAACCGCAGCGACCCCAACAGCAACAUGGACAGAGUGCUGGUGAGAUACAACAACAACAAUAAGCACAUCAGUGACAUCUACGCAUCUGCACAUUACAAAGCACAGCAGACGUACAGAAUCGGCCCCGAUCUUGUGAUGGCUCUUCGACAGCCCACAGCGCUCGGGAUGUCCCGAUCCAAACACCACGAUCAGAAUAGGGCCCAAUCAAACUUUUUUUUGAUUGCUCAUAUCAGAUAUUAUAAAUACAAGUCACAAAGGUCCGGGUGAACAUCUCACUGCACUUCAUGAAGCUCCAUGCUGAUGGAGAGAACAGUUACUGCUCUGUCAGUGCUUCUAGUAGUUCAUCAGCAGCACCAUGGUGUUUAUUUUAAAAGUAUAUUUAUACUCUGCUUCGCUUCAAAUCUGCACCAAGUCUGUUUCUGACUAAUGCACAUGUUACAUGCUUCUUAGAGGCCAAUAAGGUAGUGCUUUCCAAUACACAAGUUUUACCUCAUCAUCUGUAUUUUCCUCAUGUUAACAGCCAAGACUGUAACCAGAAGGGCCCAGGGGUAAGAAGCCCCCCGACCACCACCAAUAAUAAUCAUAAGGAUGAAAGUAUUUUUAACAAAUAAAACACAACUACCAGCCUGUCAUCAGUGCUGCUUCGAGUGUUUGAGUUUUAUUACUGCAGUCCUGCACUAAGUGGGAUUGAUCAAAGUCAUAUGAACAAAUUGUGUGUGAUGACUGUGUUGUUUUGCAAAGACAGAUAGAUACAUUAAUACCUUAAGGAGCUCCACAGACUGAAUGUUGUUUUUUUUUCUUAAUGCAUUGUAGAGCUGUUAUGUUGUCAAGCCCAUUUAUGUACAAAGUUUUCUCUGAAUAUGUGAUUAUUGAUCAUGUGUGGCUACAACCCAGUGAGUAUUUUUUAAACGAAUAAACCUUGCAGGUGUGACAUUACUUA